UCCAAUGGAUGUUCAGAUGGCAGUAUUUCACUGCUCAGACAGCUUCCUUAAACAGAUGAUGAUUACAAAGCUCUCUCAGUGUCAGUAUGCCUUACCUUUGCUUGUUCCUGACCCAGUCACAAUGGAGAUCGAGUGUCCUCUGUGGACUUUCAAACAAAUAACAAAAACCUGGAAGGUAACUGAAAUCAAAGAUGGCUCAAACAUUGUCACUAUGAAGAGUGUUCCAGUCUGCAAAGCUAAGACACCCUUGGUGUCAUUUUACCGCCUGGGUUCUCUGUCAGUGUCUAAAUCUCAGCUGAUGAACACUUUGAUCAAUGACCGUCACAACACCUUCUUCCACAGAAACUGUCCAGGAAGCACCAAGUCUCGAUAUCUGAUGGAUGGUGUGGCAGAGAUUGCCUGGUACUGUCCUGCUGGAAAACCAAAUGAUGCCUUCAAUGAUUGCAUUGCUUUUUGUAAUCUUCAUGGUGAUGCUCUGUCGAUUGAAAAACAGCAUGAUCUUUCUGCUAUUCUUAAAAGCUAUAACGAAAAGUGGUCUGAGGUCUUGGCUUUGAAGAACAAAUCUGACAAAUCAGAAAUGUCGGACUCAACAAACAUACAGAAAAAAUCUGACUUGUUAAUAAAGAAACAAACUGAGCUUGAAGAAAUUUCCAGAAAACUGCAGUCUGCAACUUUUGGUUUGGAGCACAUCUUCAGAGAAAUGGGACAGAUCUAUGAAGCUCAUAGAGCAAUAGAACGAGAGAGCAGACAAACUCACUGGUCUAAAUACCCUGAGCUGGCUGCACAGCUGAUGAUAUCAGGACACCCGAUGGAGCUGAUGGAUGGUGAUGCAGGUCAUGUGCCUUUAACAUGGAUCUCCAGUCUUUUAGAGGAAGUCAUCAAGAAACUGGGGGACCAGAGAGUUUUUGUGUUGUCAGUUUUGGGCGUACAAAGCAGUGGAAAAUCAACAAUGCUGAACACCAUGUUUGGGUUGCAGUUUGCAGUGAGUGCAGGCAGGUGCACCAAAGGUGCCUUCAUGCAGCUGCUCAAAGUAUCAGAGGAGAUGAAGAAAGAGAAAGACUUGAAGUUUGACUAUCUUCUAGUGGUGGACACUGAAGGACUGCGUGCUCUUGAGCUGGAAGGUAACACCACUCGUCACCAUGACAACGAACUGGCAACAUUUGUUGUUGGUCUGGGAAACCUGACACUGAUCAACAUCUUUGGAGAGAAUCCAUCUGAGAUGCAGGACAUCCUGCAGAUUGUUGUUCAGGCUUUCAUGAGGAUGAAGAAAGUUAAACUUUCUCCCAGUUGUGUGUUUGUUCACCAGAAUGUUACAGAUGUCGCAGCAGCAGAGAAAAACAUGGAAGGAAAGAGACGCCUGCUAGAAAAACUGGACGAGAUGACCAAACUAGCAGCUGAAGAGGAGGAUUGUGAUGCAGACUGCUUCAGUGAUGUGAUUGAGUUUGAUGUCCAAAAAGAUGUGAAAUACUGUACCCAGCUAUGGGAGGGCAGUCCACCCAUGGCUCCUCCUAAUCCAGGUUACAGUGAGAGCAUCCAAGAAGUGAAGAACACCAUCCUCUCUAAAGCUUCAAAGUCUGCUGGGAUCACUCUCACACAAUUCAAAACCAAUAUUCGUGACCUGUGGAGUGCCCUCCUCAAUGAAAACUUUGUUUUUAGUUUUAAAAACACACUUGAAAUUGCAGCAUACAGAAAACUGGAGUCCCAGUACGCAAACUGGACCUGGGCCCUGAGGAGCAACAUGUUGACCAUUGAAAACCAACUUCAUAACAGAAUUGAAAAUGGAAGUCUUGAGAAGGUGGAGCUGAGUUAUCUUAAAAAAGAAUCAAAAAAAACAUAUGAAACUAUAGAAAAUAAAAUGACAACUUACUUUGAGGAGGACAAUGGCAAAGAAAUGUUGGCUCAGUGGAGAGGCCGAUUUGAAACCAAAAUCAGAGAGUUUCAUGAUGAACAGGUGAGCAUGGUGAAAAGAAAACUGGAUGAAGUUAUUCAACAUAAGAAGGCUCGUAAAAAGCUCGAUGAUAAAAAGAAAGAGUUUGAGGAUAAGCUGCUUCAAAGGAGCAAAGAGCUCGCUCAGCAGCUGAAGGACAAGGCGGAUGAUGAAGAAGAGCUUAAAAAACAGUUCAACUGUGUUUGGACUGACUUGGUCACUGAAAUAACAGCAGAUAUAAAACCUGUUGAAGACAUCAACCUGGAAAAAGAUCAGUUUAUUAUCAUUAAAGAACUUAUUUCUGAAGAGGAUAUCAUACAUGAAUGCAAAAAAAAUGACAGAUACAAGAAAAUAGCCGGUGUUGGUGAUUAUUCAGAUUAUGUCAAACCCCCCAAAAUAAUUUGUCGUCACGAGACAACUGUUUGUACCAACACCAUUGAAGGUCACAGUCCUGAUGACCACAGCGUCCCUUUUCAUCGACCCUCUGGAAUCAAAGGAUGGCACUAUAGAGGCACAGUGGAAUUCAGCGUCAAUUUCUGCACAACAAAUAUUGCAAGUGAUGGCAGUUUUUACCCUCGUCCUGAUUCAGAGGAAACUGUUCCCUUUAAAGAGUACAAAAAAGCUGGGGGAGACUAUGCCAAGUGGAAGAUCACCCCUGAUGAGUCUAAAAUGGCGUACUGGAAAUGGUUUGUGUGUCGAUUUCAAAGUAAACUGGAAGAGCACUACGAGUUAAAAUUCCAGAACCUAGGAGAGAUUCCCAGUGAGUGGAAAACCACCCUUAAACAUGAAGCCAUUAAAAGUCUUAAUGAAAUGUGUUAA